AUGGCCCAGGCACAGCGGCUGGUGAUGCACAAGGUCUCGCAGUGGCGGGGCGACAUCACCACCGGCGCCGCGCCCGUGUGGUUCCUCCGCCUGGGCCUCGCCCAAUCCUACGAGGUCUUCAACAACGGCACCAGUGGGCUGAACAGGAUCGAGAGCACGGAGUUCUUCAACCUGAACGCGUCCAUCUACGAGGCAGGCGGCUUCACUCAGGGCGAGGUAUACAACUUCACCAUCGCGUGGGCGUGGGCGUCGGAGCCCGUCCUCUAUACCCAGGCCAUCAGCUGCGAUCAGGGCGUCCAGCUUACUCCCCUCCCGACGCCGUCUAACUCGCCCAUUCCCAGCGCCACUCCCUCGCCCACCAAGACUCCUACGCUCACCCCCAGCCCGACUGUGUCUCUGACACCCACCAACACCCCGACGCCCACCGGGACCCAGUCGCCUUCUCGCUCGCCCACCUCCACUCUGACGCCCACCCGCACUCCGACCCACUCCGACCGUCUCUCCCUCCCCCACUGGGACCCAGUCGCCUUCGCUUUCGCCCACUCGCAGUCCCACUGUGUCUCUGACACCCACCAACACUCCGACGCCCACCGGGACCCAGUCGCCAUCUCGCUCGCCCACCUCCACUCUGACGCCCACCCGCACUCCGACCGUCUCUCCCUCACCCACUGGGACUCGGUCGCCUUCGCUCUCGGCCACUCCCAGUUCCACUGUCUCGCUGACGCCUACCGGCACGGGGACGCCCUCUCUGUCGCCUUCUGGAACUCCCUCGCUCACAACCAGCGCGACCCCGUCGCCCUCAUCUACCGUCAGCCCGACGCCCUCGUCGCCCACCGGCAGCCGCACACCCUCCCUCACGCGGAUCGGGUCGCCCACAGCGUCGCCUGCAGGGUCGACCAGUUAGACUACUCGGUCACUCCGCUCAGCUUUACCUUCCAGGCCACGAGUGUCACCCUCAGCUUCAACUUCACUCUCAAGGGCUCCAUAGGGCAAUCGCCCAUCCUGCCCUGCGUAAUCAACCAGAUCUCCAUUGGUGAGCGAGUGUGUUCCCUCACGGCUUUGACGUGGGGCGCCGGACAACACUUUUCGUGCACCAUCUAUCCGCCGGAAGCUGCGCAGACCCUGGCCUAUCCGGUGCCCAUCGCGGUCCGCCUCAAUGACACCGUGGCCCUAGAGAACCGCCUGAUCGCGCCCACCCAGACCCGGUUCAACACGUUCACCUGGCUCAGGACACAGACGCGGAUGAGGGUCUCCAUCCCCAGCUUCAACGUGACCGCAUUCACCUUCGCUGCUCGGGCGCAACUAGCGACCUUUGUGGCGAACAUCCUCAGCGUGAACGAAAUGGAUCUGCGCAUCAGCAGCUGGUCAGUAACGGGCGUCACCAUUCAGCUGUGGGACUCGGCGUCCCUGUCGGUUGCGGAGCAAUCCCUCCGAUUGAUCGCCAACCGGCUCGAGCUCGUGGGGAUGACCGGACUCAACAUCACGGAGAUCGUCGAUCUGGGAUCUGGCUUCGACACGCUGUGCGAUCCCACGUGCUUGAACGACGGCCAGUGUCGAAAUGCGUCGGGGUUGGCCUACUGCGAGUGCGCGACCGGCUAUUACGGCUCCGACUGCUCGAGCAUGCGGGUACCGGAGGGCGGAACACCGCCGGAUCGUGGCUACAUCGCCAACGCCGCCGACACCCCCAACAUGGCAAUGUCGGCAGCGUCGGGCAACACCAGGUACUGCGGGAUGGAGUGGGAGGCGGUCAGGGCUCUCACUAAUGCUUGGGUGGCGGCGGCGGCGGUGGAAUGCAGCAUGACGAUGGCGAUGUCAUGGACCAAUUUCGGCACCACUGCGGGACAGAGAUAUGACCUGGACACAACGCGCCUCUCUCAGAGCCUCGAAUCCACCACCACCGACGACGGAGAGACUAUCAUCAGCUUCCAGUCGCGGUUCAACGACGGAGAAACCACCGCGUCCACCACGUUCAGCGUCUCCAACUCCUCGCGUCAGGUGACAUUCGCUGGGCAGACGCUGACGAUCCCUGCCGGCGCAGUCAAGAACGGCCUCGAGUUCAUCGGCCCACCGCCGUUCACCGUCGUGCCCGACGAGAACAUUGUGCUCGAGCUGGCACUCGACCUGGGCACCGAGUCGGUCGUCAGCACGUCCGACCCGGUCAGGAGUGACUCCAAUGACCACUUGUUCACGAUCACGAUGGUCUUGAGCAAUGGGUUCAAUGUGGACCUGCGGUACCUCGACCAAGCCAUCCUCGACGACGAGAUCGUCGAGGUCACGGUCACCUUUAGCUCCUCCACAAAGGCGUUGAGCAUCACGACCGCCCCGUGGGAGUCCACUUGGGUCUACGAUCCCGACUUCAACGUGCUCUUCGGCACGACCGAGACCGAGAGCGGGAGUAGCGACGACUUCCCGCUCGGCAUCGUGGCCGGCGCGGCUGUUGGCGGGCUGGUGCUUGUGGUGCUGGGCACCCUCUGGUAUGUGCGCGCGAGGCGCAACAAACGGGACACCCAGCCGACGCUGGCUUCGAUCAACUUUGCCUCGUCCGAUGUGAGCACCGACGUACUCAGCAAGUGCUCGAGCUCCUCCGUCCUACCGCCGAUCAGCAGCGCCAAGAAGCGGCGCGAGAUGGACCGGAGCGAGACCUUUGCCCGCAACAAGCAGUCGGUGUGGGAGGACCUGAUCGACGCCGACCCUCUACCCAGCCCCACCCCGGCCGACCUGGAAGAAGACGAGAACUCUGUGGAGAUGAGGGAGCAGCCGCGGCCUGAGGCGACGACCCCCAUAGGGCGCCGCUAUCCCACCUACGACCUGCACAACAACACGAUUUACCGGGGCGGACCGGCCAUCGAGAAGUCGACGGACAACCCCGUGUUCGAACAGAGCAGCCCGCCCAGCAUCCUGGGCGACGAUUCCACCGAGUCUGCUUGA